CUUAAAAGAUACGUUAAGUCCCUGUGAAAGGCUGCAUAGACACUUUCCAUUACCCAACAACGAACGCCCUUGUAGUUAAAGCUGCAUAGUCAGUGGUUUUUGAACUUGCAAAGUAAGUUAAAAAAUGGUGGAAAAAGUGGAUAUUAAAAAUCGGUCUGGAAAUAUGUCGGCAGCCCCGACACCCCAGAAUACUCCUUCCAGCGCAAACAAUACUACCUUUGGAGCGAAGGAACCGCAAUUCAAAACGAUUGACGAAGGUGAUGAAGAUUUAGAAGCUAUUGACGGUAGACUAGACUCUUUGCGCAAUCUCACAUCGCACAGAAUUUCAGAAUUGCCAACCUCAGUUCAAAAACGAAUUUCGAGUCUAAAAGGUUUACAAAAGCAAUACUCAUCAUUGGAACUUCAAUUUCAAAGAGAACUUUUUGAAUUGGAAAAAACUUUUGCUAAAAAGUACGGUCCUCUGUUUGAAAGAAGACGUGAACUUGUUCACGGAGAGAAGGAGCCCUCUGAGGAAGAAAUCAAAAAGGGAAUUCCUGAAGGCGAAGAAUUGUCCAAGGUUUUGGAAGGAAAGAAUCAAAAAGAUCAAGAAAUGAAAGGAAUUCCUGAAUUUUGGUUGACUGCAAUGAAAAAUGUGUUAUCUCUUUCUGAAAUGAUUACGCCUGAAGAUGAGAAGGCAUUAAGACACCUUAUUGAUGUCCGUCUUGUUUAUAUGGAGAAGCCUGGUUUCCAGUUACAAUUUGAAUUUGAGGAAAAUCCAUUUUUCUCCAAUAAGGUAUUGACCAAGAGUUAUUACUACUUGGAAGAAACUGGCGCUUCUAAUGUGUUUAUGUACGGCAGUGCCAAGGGAGAUGAAGUCCACUGGCAUCCCAAUGCAGACUUGACCAUUCGCACUGUAGUGAAGAAGCAACGCAACAAAAACACAAAGCAAACUCGUACCGUCAAGGUUUCCGAAUCUCGGGAUAGUUUCUUUAACUUUUUUAGUCCUCCUCAAAUGGAGGAUGAGGAAGAAGAAAAUCCAGGAUUAGAUGAGCUUUUGGAGCUUGAUUAUCAAAUUGGCGAAGACUUCAAAGAAAAACUCAUUCCUCGCGCAGUGGAUUGGUUCACUGGUGAAGCGUUGGAGGAUUACGAUGAGUUUGGUGACCUUGAUGUUGAAGAUGACGACGAGGAUGCUGAAUCUUCUUCAAAUGAAAACUUUUCCGAUUCUGAUGAUGAUAGCUCGGAAAACGAGGAUGAAGAUAGAACUGCUCACUCUAAGCAAAAUCCUGCCGAGUGCCGUCAGCAAUAAGGAAUGUUGCUUGGAAUUGCCGAUAUUGUCUAAUCUUUUGUUAUAUAAUAAAUACGCCAUGUGCACGGUAUGAAAGCUGGAUGAACUGUGACAUCUUUUUGGUCAGCUCUACAGCCUUUGACGAGGUAAAAUCUUCUGUUUGUUUGCAGUAUUGAGAAUAUGUUCAAUAGGAGCUGCAACCGGUGUAUGAAUAAUAAUUAUGCUACUGUGUUGAAUCCAGUUUAUUGAGAAUUAAGUAUGGAUUAUUUGUCAUAAAGGGAAUAUAUUAAAGUAGUUUUGAAUCGCUUAAAGCUGUAUUGAAAUAUAAAGUACAAGCAGAAUGUCAACGUAUA